UAGUGAUAAGGCGCUGUUUAGCGCAGUUCUAUUUGCCUUCUCGUUCUUUCUGUUUCUGUCCUUUCCUUCUUGCGAAACGGCGUCGUAUCAUUACCUGUUCCCUGAUUGCUUAGCCGAUCCACCAGACUAUUUGCCGAACGUGGAGCAUGAACCACUGCCCAUCUUCUCAGUUCCCUAAACCCAUGGUGGAAAUUGCGAAAGUCCUGGAUUAGACCCUGACAUUGAAGGUUCCAUUAUUGUUUUGAAGCUCUAUAGCUCCCAAAAUAUGGGGAGUAAAAACAAGAAGAAACAUAUAGAUGAGACACCCAGUUCCUCUUCAUCUCCAUCAACCUCAGACUACUCUGAAUCAUCUCCAGAGAGGUGUCACCGGCACCGGAAAGACUGGAGUAGGAAGGAUGGGAGUUCAAGGAGAGAGAAAGAGAGAAAAAGAGAGAAAAGAAAGAGGAAAGAGAAAGAAAGGGAGAGAAAAAGGAGGAAACUGAGGAGAGAGGAUAGAAAGAAGAAGAAAAGGGAUCAUCGGUCUCAGUUGGGUCCUGAUUGUGGGUCUGGGUCUGAUUCUGAGGGUGAUAGAGGGAGGGUUGAGCCACAAGUAGUUGUUGAAGAGAUGUUGAAGGAGUUUCCUAAUGUUGGCAAUGAUUUGAAACAGCUUCUUCAAAUGAUUGAUGAUGGGCAAGCAGUUGACAUAAAGGGCAUAUCUGAAAGGUCAUUGAACACGCAUUUGAAGAAGCUAUUCCUUUCUUUAAACUUAAAGGAAAAUGGUGAUAGAGUCUUUUUACUAUCUUCAAAUGCUCGCCCUACCUUGGAUGUUGUGGGUCACUUGAUUCAGACUCAUACAGAACCUGAAGAGCAACAGCCCAAAAGUUCUGUUUCAGCGAAGGAUGCACCCGCAAUUCCUGAGCAUGCUGAAUGUAGCCAAGUAAUGGAUGAAAAUAAUUUAGAUAGAGAUGAUUCUGCUACUCCUAAAAGAAGGGUGAUUGGCCCUGAAAUGCCCUCAGCCGAGCUACUUGCUGCAGCAGCCAAAUUAACAGAAGCCCAAGCUGAGCUCAGAGAAGCUGAGUUGGAGGAAGAUAAUGAACUAUUUAUCGGACCUCCACCACCUGCUCUGGUUGCUGAGGCUGAAUCUGCAAAUGAAGCAGAGCGUUUUGAAGAGGUCACUAGAAUUAUGGGAGUUGAGGCUGAUUGUCCAUACGAUGUUAUCGGAGCAAACCGAAAUAUGUCUGCUGAUAAUAUAAAGAAAAAGUACUGGAAACUGUCUCUUUUGGUGCAUCCAGACAAAUGUACUCAUCCUCAGGCACACCAAGCAUUUAUUAUUCUCAAUAAAGCUUUCAAGGAGUUACAAGAUCCAGAUAAGAGAAAAGCUAUGGAUGAAAAAAUUAAACUGAAGGAGGAGCAGGAGGAGUUUAAGGCUGAGUUGCGAGCAAUGCGUGAAGCUGCACAAUGGAGAAGAUUGCAAGGUAUAUCAAUGGAGGGUGAUGAUGAGCUCCUGGCAGAAGUGGAGGUUAAAGUGCCACCAAAAAGGGAUGAAUGGAUGACAACACUACCUCCUGAAAGGAAACCUGGUGUGACAAUGCAAUCAACAAGAUUUAGCAAGAGUUCUAAAGAAGGACGUGGUGACACGAGUGGUUGGAUUGAUACUCCUAUGGAGAGAGCCCAAAAAGCAAAGAUGCAUUAUUUGGAAGCCUACAAUGAGGCUGCUGCACUUGCUUCUAAUGAAGAUGAUAAGAAGAGAACCAAUUCAGACGCAGAUUUGGUGGAUAUAUAUAAUAAAGAAAAGCGAUCGAAAUCAUUGGUACAAAAGCAUCAAGAAGAGACCGCAAAGUGUCCAAAGAAGAAAUCCAAGCAACAGGCAGAGAAAGCGGAGUGGGAGGGUAAACAUCCAUGGAAGCCUUGGGAUCGAGAGAAGGACCUUGUUGCCGGAAGGCAGAAUGUAAAGCUUGAUACUGAUAACAUGGCCAAGGGUCUGACUUCCAGAUUUUCAUCCGGAACCUUUCAGAGGAACUUUCUCUAGGCCAUGGAUGUAAUAGUCAUAGCUAAAGCAUCAUCCCACAUUUUACCUAUGUGGCUGUUGUAUUUGCUGUACAUAAUUUAGUGAUGUCUCGACAUUUUUUUCCUUUUAAGACAUCAUAUAGAUGAAACGAAGCUUAAAAGAUAAAAUGGGUGAAAGAAGGCAGGAGGAAGGAGUCCUGUAACAGUAGAAUUUUUUGGCUCCUACGUAAGCACAAUUGAUUAAAGGGGUGCAUGUAAGGCUGGUAAUCCAUAUUAGCCUGUCGUUAUUAUGUUGUGUAAAGAUGAAGCUAUAACAUAUAAAUUGAUUGAUAUGAGCACGACACAAAUAAAUAAUUGAGUUCUUGAUGUAA